AUGUUGAUCGUUUCUCCUCUUCCGUUCCCAUUGGCCCCUGGCUUCCGCUUUCGUCCCACCAAAAAAGAGAUUUUGUGCUUUUACCUUCCACAAGCCAUUAGUGGAGAGCCUUUGGUUUUGCCUUGUAAUACUUUGAUUGAGCGUGAGAUUUAUGGUGAUAAUAGGGAGCCCUGGAAUAUUUUUGACAAAGAUCACAAUGAUUCUUUUUGGGUUUUCAGCAAGUUGAAGAAGAAGAGUAAAUCAAGAAUUGAUAGGACUGCUGGUUCUGGAACUUGGCUUGCUCGAAGCACCAAAGAAGUUAAGGAUGAAAGUGGUCAGCUUUUAGGGUUUGAAAAAUAUUUCACUUUUAUACGCAAGAAAGAUCAGUCAAGCCGAGGCAUCAAUGGCAAUUGGAUUAUGCAUGAGUUUUCCUUAAGCGACCAGGGUUUGAGCGAUUAUGUUAUUUGCGAAAUAAAAAAUAAAGAUGCUAUGGCUGUGGCUGUGGCUGUGGCUGUUGGUUCAGAUCAUGGUCAAAACAACUCCACAGCAAAAGCAGAAGCCGUCUACCAGAAGCGGAAAGCUUUAGUGCUGGUUAAUGAUGAAGAGAUGUCGGUUCCAACUUCGAAGAAAAUUUGUAUUGAUGAUCAGAGUAACCUAAACCAAGGCAAAGCUGAAUGGAAUGGAAGUACUCUAACAAAUAAUCAAGUUAUUUUCGGGGAAGUUGAUGAUCAAGAAAAUCAGGAUCCAAACAAACUGCCCAUGAUUGGUUCCAACUCUCCUGAGGAAUGUGAAUGGAAUGACAUGGAUUUGGCUUUGUUCAUGAAUGAGCUUAACUGA